AUGUCUUCCUCCACAUAUCUCCGGUCCAGCGCCGUCGUCGCCCUCACCGUGGGCACCGCCGUCAGCGGGCUGGUGCUAUACGCCGCCUACUUCGACCACAAGCGACGCAGCGAUCCGGAGUUCCGAAAACAGUUGAAGCGACAAGCGAAGAACCAAGAGCGCGCGGCUAAAGAACAGGCGGAAGUGGAGGAGCAGAGCAGACGGAGGAUGAUCAAGGCCGCCGUGGCGUUGGCGAAGGAGGAAGGGUUCCCACGAGCGGACCCCGAUGAGAUGGAGAAGUAUUUCAUGGAGGAGAUCCAGAAGGGCGAGAUCAUGAGCAAAGAUGGUAGGGAUCCGAUUGAACCCGCAUUAUGCUUCUACAAAGCUCUGAAAGUCUACCCCAGGACCACUGACCUCAUCGAUAUCUACAAUAAGACUGUACCAAAGCAUAUCCUGGAUGUUCUAGCACUCAUGAUCGCGGAGGACUCGGACCUGAGUUUAAGCAACGAGGACUUGCUCCGAGAUCCUGCCCCUGGUACCGAUUAA